AUGUCAGAGUAUACAGUCAGAGAUUGGUAACAAAACUCAAGCAUACAAGAAACACCUCAUAUUGAAUUAAGUUACGAUUUCUAUCAUUCAGAAAUUACAAACUUAAAAGCACAAGUUGAUUAAUUUCAAAAAUACAUCUCUAAACUAGAAGAAUAAUUCAAAGAUAAAAAUAGAAGACUACAAGUUUAAUUAGAUGAAUAGAUCUUAAAUAAUAGAUAAAUGAAACAAUAAAUAUUGACUUAUGAAUAAUAAUUGUAAUAAAGUGCAUUCAGAUAAAAAAUACUUUUCUCGGGUUAGUUAGAAACUUUGAUCAAUGAGUUAGAUUAACUAACUUAAUUGAUGAAUCAAAAGAGCGAAAGAAUAGUAUCAUUAGAAUAUGAAAAUUAAGCAUUAUUGAAUUAAAUUUACGAAUUAGAAACAUCGAUUGAAUAAUAACAAUUUUAGUAUGAUCAUUUUGAUCAAUAGAAUUAUUUAAUGUUAAGUUAAGUAGAUCAAUUAAAAUAAGAGAAGAAUGAAUUAGUAAUAAAGCUGAAUGAUUCCUAGAUUAUGAUUCAAAAAUUAUCAGUUGAAUUAUAAUGUAAGUCAUCAUAAUUAUUGGAAAACAAUAAAUAAAACUAAUUAUAAGAAUAAAUAAGAGAAGAAAUUACUAAGGCUUAAAUGACUCAUCAAGAAUAGUUCAUAAAAUUGUUAUAAUAAGAAAUUAUUGAAUUAAAGGAAUAAUUAAAAAAUAAAUGA